ACAAAAAAGAAAAAGAAAAAAACAAAUGUUGAGACCAUAUACAUUUUUGGAGUUUGGACACUGAGAUUUUCAGAUUCUUGUCUGUGGUUAAACCUCGGAACCAGAGAGAGAUGGUAUGGUCUUUAUCACUCUCUUUUAUUAAUAAACUCAUAUCUCUCUCAUCUAAAAUCUCAUCUCUUCUUCUUCUUCUUCUUCUUCUUCUUCUUCUUCUUCUUCUCCUCUGUCUUUGAAGCUAUCUUCUUGGAUUGUGUUUAGGAGUUAAAAACUUGCUUUGGUCCAUCAUGAGAUUGCUUCUUAGUCUCUUGUUUCUCUUGGCUUUAACCACCUACUCAAGUGCAACUUAUUGUCUAUGUAGAGAUGGUGUUGGAGAGAAAGAUCUUCAAACAUCGAUAGAUUAUGCAUGUGGAGUUUUAAAAGAUUGUAAUCCUAUUCAUGAGAAAGGUCCUUGUUAUCAACCAAACACCAUCAAGAGUCAUUGUGAUUGGGCGGUUAAUACUUAUUUCCAAAGAUUUGGUCAAAUCUCUGGAAGCUGUAAUUUCUCAGGAACUGCUACUACCAGCCAAAAUCUUCCUUCAACUGUGGUUACUGGUUGCUUAUAUCCUUCAAGUCCAGGGUAUGUUUGUUUCAAGAUUUGGUAAAGAGAUUGUUUGGUUAAAACUUGUCUUUCUUUAUGUAACGUGACUUAGAAGUUUGGUGUUCUUUUACCUGUUUUGUCUUCCACAGAAGUGCAGGGACAACUCCCACGACAGGUACUCCUUCAGGAACACAGACGUUUCCGGGACCUCCUGCGUUUGGUCCGGCCGGAGAUUUUGAUCCUUCAGGCAAUAAUGGUGCUCCGAGUUUGUUCAUUUCAAUCGCUCUCUCACUUGGUUUCUCCGUCGUCAUUGCGUUUCUAUAAAAGGCUAGUGAGUGAUUAAGAAAGUGAGGCUGACGUUUUGGAUGUAUGGAUGAGAUUUUGUCACGUGUGAAUGCAAGUUCUUUGAGGCAGACAUCCAUUUAGUGGUUGGCUUUGUUGUUUAGGCUAUUUUAAUUUUAUUUCAUGUAUGUAAGAAAUGAUCUAAUGGAAUCUUUCUAUAAGUGUUUACAUGCAGAGUAAAUAGAACAUGUAAACAUAAGUAGAAUGCAAACAAUAUAUAGGAAGUGGUAGAGUUAUGUCUAAGAGAUGUUGUGGUGACUGGUGAGGCAAAAGUUUUAUUUCGAUAUGAACCUGACUUGAUAUUUUUUUUGUAUCUAUUCCAGCUUUGAAUCAUUAGAGACAAACUUAUUA